AUGACUAAUGUGCACAGACUGGCACCGGCCUUCUUGUGCUUCAACCUGCCCCACCAUCUCGUUCUUUUCUUCCACUUCUUGCUGGUCCUAGCAAGCUCAAACUCUAUUCCACCUCCAAUCACCGGCUUAUCAAAAGGUGAUCUCUGCGCCCUGGACGUCGAUCGCUCUAGCUAUGUGCUAGAUCUGGUUAACGUAACACCAGAGCAAUUAUUAAUGCGACAGCCAUCGACUUCCAAGAUCUUUUGCUUUGUAAACACGAUUUCAGUCCACCACAAGACUCGUGCACAGUCCGUAGCCGACACAUGGGGUCAGCGAUGUGAUAAACUCAUGUUUUUCAGCAACACAAGUGACACUAUCGUAGUGGGGGCUAAUACACAACACGAGCGACGAUAUGAUGUCAUUAAGAUGAACGUCAUUGCAGAUCACAAUCAUUUGUGGCAAAAGCAUAAAGCCACUUUGCGGUACGUGUAUACGCACUUUCGACAUGAUUACGAUUGGUUUUACAAGGCGGACGACGAUGCAUACGUUAUUAUAAACAAUUUACGACACUAUCUUCUUCGGCCGGAGAUCAUGCAAUCAUACAAGCAAGAGCCGAUGCAGAUAGGACAUCGAUUUAAUUUAACUCAAGACCUGGUGAGUUAUUAUAUUGUGAAUGAAACAUUAGAAGCUACUUGGAGGUCUAAGUGGGACCGAUGGAUCUUUAAUUCGGGCGGGCCAGGUUAUGCGAUGAAUCGCCUAUAUUUGGACAAAAUUGUGAGUACUUUGUCCGACUGGACAUGUCUGUCGGACAGAUACAGCGCGAUGCUGCCUGAUGACGUCUCGAUUUCGUUCUGCAUGAUGUGGCACAAUGUUUUUCCAUGGGAUACACGUGAUCAUCAAGGACGUGAGCGAUGGCAUGCGGACAAACCGAGAGGAGUGUAUUUUGUUAAUCCAAAUCGACCAAAUUAUUGGUACGUACAGUAUCAUGAACACAUUGGUGGCGUAAGGCCGAACCAAGAUUCGGCCGCACCCGACAGUGUCGCUUUUCAUUAUAUUAGUCCGCCGUUGAUGUAUCAUUUGGAACGAACUCUAUAUCUGUGCCGAGAGGGCGAUGAUGUAAAUGAUGUUGCAGCAUUUAAUGAUAAGUACGGACUUGCCAUCAGCAACAAUAUUAUGGUGUAUCAAGACGUACCGCAGGAUAAAAUAAGAUGA